UUUAUUUUGACACUCCGGGCUGAGAGAUCACUUUCGUUUCUGCUGGCUGCUGGAGCUGUUUCUUCCAAAUCACGAGGACGCGCAAAAAGGGGAGGAGGAUGCAUUAAAUGGGACCAUUAAAAGGGAGAGCAGAAUCUUUCUCUUAAAGAGGCAGCCAGAAUUUCUGUGUCUCUCGGCUUUCAACCGACAUGGGUGGAUUGCUAACAUGCCGUCAGUGUUCCAAGCGCAUGGAGAGUCUAAAGGACCACAGUUUCUGGGACAUCUGUAGGACAUGUGUGAGAAAGUACUUUUGGUUCAUCCUUGUCACUGUCAUCGUGCUUACUUUAUCUAUCAUUCACUACUCACGGGCCCCACCAGAUCUAGUCGGGAAGUGCCCUAAAGACCAACCCAAGUUGCUUCACAACAUCUCCCAAGUGGAGCCGGAAAAAGUGAUUCUGAAGGAGCAACUGAUCAAGAUGGAAAAGAAGAUGCAGAAGCUCAAGAAUAUUAUGAACCAGACUCAAGAAAAAUCUUUGCAACUUUUGGAAAAGAAGAAAGAAGAAGCGGAUGCCCUGAGCAAGGAAUUGUCAGGUUUCAACCAAUCCCUUGUACUAACCAGACAGCUCCUGGAGAAGGAAAGGGAGAAAGCCCAAAGUUUACAGAAUCAACUGGAGAAGGAAAAGGAGGACCUCCGAAAGAUUCAGCAGCAGAGAGAUUCUUGCCAGAAACGGCUGAACACGUUGGAAGAAGAACUCAAGUCUCCAGGUAGUAAAACUAGAGAAUACGAAGGUAAAAUAGCAGAGCUUGAGAGGCAGAUUAAACAAGAGAAACAGAGAAACCAAGACAAUUUUAGACAUGAAAGAGAGCAGUACCAGAACAGAAUCACGGAAUUACAUGAUCAAAUUAGAAGCCAGCAACAGGAAAAGAGUUCCACUAAAAAUAUCUUAGAAGAUGGAACUAUCAUGCCCUGGGCGUUAGUGAUUUUUCUCCUUUUCAUCUGCUGUGUCAAAUGUUGCAGGCAAGAGCAGUAGCACUGCCAUUCAAGAAGUCCUGGAAGAAACUGUGGAUAUGGCGGCAGCUUAAAAACAAAGUACUGCUUGUGGGAAAGGAAACACUACUCCUUUUUACUUGCCUAUUUGAAAUAUAAAUGUCUUUGUCAAGCAUUGGGUUUGUUUCCCAACAGAGAUAUAUUUUUAUUUUUUAUUUUUUUUAAAAAAAAAUUCCUAAAUCGUUUAAAGCUGUACUUUAAAUGUAUUAUUUAGAGCCACGGUGGCACAGUGAUUAGAGUGCAGUACUGCAGGCUACUUCUGCUGACUGCCGGCUGCCUGCAAUUCGGCAGUUCGAAUCUCACCAGGCUCAAGGUUGACUCAGCCUUCCAUCUUCUCGAGGUCGGUAAAAUGAGGACCCAGAUUGUUGGGGGACAAUACGCUGACUCUGUAAACCUCUUGGAAAGAGUUGUAAAAGCACUGUGAAGUGGUGUAUAAGUCUAAGUGCUACUGCUAUUAUGGUUGGUCACAUAGUCAGCCAGAUGUUUGGACUGGAUUUGGCAUUUUUAUCCACCUACAGUAUCAAGUCCUUCCCAAGGACUUGGGAUAGGCAGAUGUGGAGGUCUGAUGGUGUUGCAUCCUGAUUGUCGCAGGAUGUAAGCUGUUCUGAGAGAAGCUGCCUUUUGCAAUUGACUGGUGGUGAUUUUCUCAAUGCCGAUGGUGUUCAAGGAGUGCUCCAACCAAACACAGAGAGCAUCAAGGAUCUGGAACUACAAAUAUUCUCCUUUAAUGGUAUUCCAGUUGUUUUGGGAUUGUCGCCAAGAUUCCUAUUACAGGUAGUCCUUACAACAGUUCGUUUCGUAGCCGUUCAAAGUUCCAACGGCAUUGUAAAAAAAUUGACUUACUUUCCCACUUGCAACCAUUGAAGCAUCCCUGAGCAUCCCUCAGGCACUUGGCAACUGACUCGUAUUUAUGACGAGUUGCAGUGUCCCAGGGCCAUGCGAUCAACUUCUGCAACCUUCUGACAAGCAAAGUCAAUUGUGGCACUAACGUCACAACUGCAGGGAUUAAUUUAACAACUGUGACACAAAAGGUCAUAAAAUGGGACAACAUUCACUUAACAAAUGAAAUUUUGGGCUCCACUGUGGUCAUAAGUCGAGGACUACCUGUAUUAACAGUACUCUAUCUUUGCUUUCUUUUGCCACAGUUUCUCUAUUUCUAUUUGCAGAUCUUUGUAUUUUGUCAUCUGCUCUGUUCUUUCUCUUCUCUUCUGUUGUCUCCAGGUACUAUCUCCAUCCACUAUCCGAACUUUGUUUUUCUUAUCAACAAUUGUUAAGUCUGGCAUGUUAUGUGGCAGGUGCCUGUUUGAAUUCUUAAGUCCCAGAGCACUUUGGCUUCUUCAUUUUCUGUUACUAUGAUUAUAAACACAGCAAUGUGAAAUCACACUUUUCAGUUCUUUAGCUGGCACAUUGCGUUCUUCUCAAGAACCGAGGAAGUCAUAAUAUAUUGGCAUAACAUACGUGUGGAUCUAAGCAGUGUGGCCUUUUGUAAUUGACAGGUGGAAAUGUUGUCAAUGCACAGAUGUUGUUAUUACCAUUAUUUUCUAGAAUAUACUAAUAUUUCAAGUAAACCACAACAUGUGAAAUAAAAACACAAUACAUACGUAUCUAUAUAACUGUGUCCUCAUCUUGAAGGCAGAUGUUUGUUGUCUAGGAACUAUCCACAAUAAAUCUGUAUUUAACCCUUCCCAAA